AUGCAAGGAACAAACAAGUUUAGUAUCAUUGAUAGAAGAGUUAAAGCUAGCGUCAAGUAUUUUGAUGUUCCAGCGAUUAAAAAUAAGGCAUGUCCUAAUGGUAUUGAUGCUGUUUGGUUAUGGGUUAAUGGAAGUGAUCCUGUUUUCCGUAAGGCUCUUGAGGAAAAUGGAAGAAAAGGAGGUGCAGGAAGAUAUAGAGAUUACAAUACAUUACAAUACUCUAUACGUUCUGUAUAUAAUUUUGCACCAUAUAUUAAGAAUUAUUAUAUUGUUACAAUGGGACAAAUUCCUGAUUUCUUAAAUACUUCAUCUCUUACUUUUAGAGACUACAAAUUACGAAUAGUUGACCAUAAAGAAAUAUUCCCUAAUAAUAAAGAUUUGCCAGUAUUUAACUCAAACGCACUAGAAGUAUCAAUUCAUAAUAUCAAAAAUUUAUCAUCAUGUUUUCUUUAUUUAAAUGAUGAUAUGUUAUUAGGCAAAAAAUUAGAUAUAAGACAUUUCUUCAAUGAUUAUGGAUUAUUAAACAUCUAUUAUAAUGGAUGGAGUGCUCCAGAAGAAGAACAAGCAAAAAAGAAUAGUUGGCAUAAAAGUGUUUCAUUUUCUAACAAAUUGGUCAAUGAUAAAUUUCACAAUGGAGAAGUUGUUAAACAUCCAUAUGUUAGUCAUCAUUGUUAUUUCUUCAAAACUGAUACAUUAAAAGAAAUGGAGUCUGUUUGGCCUUAUCAAUUUGCCAAAACACGAACCCACAAAUUUAGAGAAGCCAAUGACUUAGCAAUUCCAUUUUUACAUGGAGCGUUCACUGCAGAAACUGGAAAAGGAAUAUAUAUACCAGAAAGAAAUUAUUACUAUGGCUCAUUCACAUCAGAUAGAAUAAAUAACUUGAAAGUGUAUAAAGAUAUUCAAAAAGUCAUCCUCAAUAUGGUGAUAAAUCCACUGUGUUGUACUUCAUGUAUUUCUAUUUGCUUUGUAGUUGUAUUAGUAGUAGCUAAUUUUGGAAUAAUGAUGCAAGGAACAAACAAGUUUAGUAUCAUUGAUAGAAGAGUUAAAGCUAGCGUCAAGUAUUUUGAUGUUCCAGCGAUUAAAAAUAAGGCAUGUCCUAAUGGUAUUGAUGCUGUUUGGUUAUGGGUUAAUGGAAGUGAUCCUGUUUUCCGUAAGGCUCUUGAGGAAAAUGGAAGAAAAGGAGGUGCAGGAAGAUAUAGAGAUUACAAUACAUUACAAUACUCUAUACGUUCUGUAUAUAAUUUUGCACCAUAUAUUAAGAAUUAUUAUAUUGUUACAAUGGGACAAAUUCCUGAUUUCUUAAAUACUUCAUCUCUUACUUUUAGAGACUACAAAUUACGAAUAGUUGACCAUAAAGAAAUAUUCCCUAAUAAUAAAGAUUUGCCAGUAUUUAACUCAAACGCACUAGAAGUAUCAAUUCAUAAUAUCAAAAAUUUAUCAUCAUGUUUUCUUUAUUUAAAUGAUGAUAUGUUAUUAGGCAAAAAACUUAAACCAGAACAUUUCUGCAGAAAAGAUGGAAAAAUUAAUGUUUAUCAUAAUGGAUGGAAUGCUCCAGAAGAAGAAAAAAUGAAACAAAAUUUAUGGCAUAAAAGUGUUGGAACAUCAAAUCAAUUGGUCAAUGAUAAAUUUCACAAUGGAGAAGUUGUUAAACAUCCAUAUGUUAGUCAUCAUUGUUAUUUCUUCAAAACUGAUACAUUAAAAGAAAUGGAAGAGAAGUGGCAAAAUCAGUAUAAACAAACACGAACUCAUAAAUUCAGACUUGGAAAUGAUUUAGCAAUUCCAUUUUUACAUGGGGCAUACUCAGUUGAAAGUAACAAAGGUGUUUAUGUAAGAGAGAAAUGGUAUUAUUAUGGUCUUGUUGAUAAUAAUAGAACAAACAACCUCAAAAUUAUUAAUGGAAUUAAGAAAAAGAAACCACAAUGUAUUUGUUUAAAUGAUGGUUUGGAUGAGAAAGAUGAAACUAAUAUGAGUAGUGCUAUUGAUAGAAUGACAUUAUUUUUAGAAACAUUAAUUCCAAACCCAGCUCCAUUCGAAAAGUUAUACGGAAAUUAA